AUGUCGAAUUCGGAACAAAGAAUGCUCGAGAGCCGAAUACAAAAUGGAAGUCUCGAAGCUGUGUCAGGUCUAAUGUCCGACCAAGCUGGGCAUAGUACCACCACUUUUAUGAACGAUGUAAAAGCAACACAAAACUCAAACAUUUCCUUACCUUUAUCUCUUCAAUCAAAUCCAAUCCCAGCUUUCACUGCCAUUUUCAAAUCGAAUACCAUAGCACCUUCGCCCCCUCACAGCAGAUCCACUUCAACAAACGAAGCAUACACCCCACUCGCGCUUGACACCACUUCUCGUCUUCACCCAAAUAUAGAUUCGUCAUAUAGUCCAACUCCGAGUCCUCUAAGCGCGGGUCUGCGAAUACAAACCGAUAUCGUUCCAGGUUAUACAAUAACAUCUGCCAGCACGGGAACCGGAAUAAGUGAGCGCGAAUCUUCCGAUACUAUACGAAUUCCAUGUGACCCUCUACCCUCACCACUCAUGUCGGGUGAUUCACCUGGACCAUGGAAACGAUUAAACUCGAGACGAACAUCCCGCGAGCAAAUGCUACCAAUACAUUCGGAUUCGGCUCUGAUCACAUCAAAUGGUGAAUCGGUUUCCUCUGCGAUGGCAAAUCAACAAAAGAGAAGGGCAUACCAUGGAUUAAUAACAAAUGCUGGCGAAUCUGGGUUGACAGAUGCUCAAACAAAUCGAAAAAAGAACGCCGAAGGACAUACUAGGAAUAGAAGUAUGAGCGAAUAUGUACCGGAAGCUUCUCAAGUGCCCAAAACUCGAAAUAUCACUGUAUCGGGUUCACAUGCUCCAAUCAUGGAUGGAGCGGUAGAUGGUCCACAAUCAGACAUGCAUAUGCGGAGAGAACCACAUUUAGCAGUUCAACGAGGAUUGGCUCCCAUCCCAAGACCACCAACCCCACCAUCGAGUCGAACAGGAGGGGAAAGCAGUGAUAGUGAUUCAUCAUUGUCCACUAACAACAUUCCUAGAGCGCUUCGAAAAUCGAGAUAUGAAUACUUUGAUGCGUAUACUAGGAAUGAUUCUAAACGACGAAGAUGGAGAGGUAUAAAAGUUUUGGGCCAAGGCACUUUCAGCAAAGUGAUUUUAGCCACCAGUCAAGUCCAAGACGAUGAAGGUCGCAUAGAUGAAGAUAAUGUGUUCGGAAUUGAAUCGAUUGUUACACCUAUUGAGACAAAAGUCGACCGAAAAAAAUUGGUAGCGAUUAAGAUUUGUGAACAUGGUCCGAAGGGAGGGGCAUCUGAAGAAAGAGUAGAAAUGUCACUAAAACGUGAAUUGGAAAUCAUGAAAUCGAUACAUCAUCCUUCAUUGGUUCACCUCAAAGCUUGGAGCAUAGAAGAGACAAGAGCUAUUCUAGUUUUGAGUUAUUGUCCCGGUGGAGAUUUAUUUGAAGUGGCCAGUCAGCAUCGAGAUAUUCUCGUCCCAUCGUUACUUAGACGGAUGUUUGCAGAGCUGAUUGGUGCUGUUCAAUAUUUACACGAUAGGCGUAUUGUUCACCGGGAUAUCAAAUUAGAAAAUGUCUUGGUCAACCUUCCUCAACAUGAACUUGCAAAACCUCAAGACUGGACUAAAUACCCUUACUCCAUCAUCACCCUCACCGAUCUUGGUCUCUCUCGCCGUGUAGCUGAUGAUGAAAAACUUACUACCCGUUGUGGAUCAGAUGAUUAUGCUGCCCCGGAAGUUAUCAUGGGUCAACCAUAUGAUGGACGCGCUACUGAUGCUUGGUCUCUUGGUGUCUUACUUUAUGCAUUGCUGGAAAGUAGAUUACCAUUCGAUCCUAAUCCAGGAAUGCCAGAAGGACACAAACAGCGCAGUCGAACAAGUCAUCGAAUUGCACGAGUUGAAUGGAGAUGGAUUGAAUAUUUCGGUGAAGAAGGAGAUCAUGAGAGUGAUCCGGAUAAAUUCAAGGAAAAGGGAUUGUUAGGUGCAAUGGAGAUUACAGAGGGAUUGUUGAAGAGAGCAAGGAGUAGAUGGACAUUGGAAAAAGUUCAGGAAAAUGAGUGGGUCAAAGGUGGUGUUGAUGUGGAGGGUGGUGUCAAAUGGAGAGAAGAGGUGAUUCCUGAGGAAGUCAGAGGCGGUGGGGAAUUUUAG